AUGACUGAAGAAGAUUUUGAAAACUUAGGGUACACUGAGGAAAAUCUAUUCAAUGAAGCAGAUGAGGAGCCACUAAAGGAAUACAUGGAUAUGGAACUAGCUUCAGAAGAGAGUUUAAGUGGAGGAACAGCAAAGAUGGUGGAACAUGAACCAGUCACUGAAACCCAAAUUGACAAUGAACUCUUUGGACUUGUGGCAACAUGCCUGGAACAGAGAAAGAACUUGGAUCUGACUGUGUGUGAAGCAUUGAGUGGAGAGGAUAGGAAACAUUGGGAGGAGGCUAUGUGA